AUGGCAAGAAUUCCAGAAAAAUUAGUAAAUGUUGAAAAUUCACCAUUACCUUCAACACCAGUUGAUUUUUAUGGUAGAAUGAAAUCACAAAGAUCAUUAAUUUCAUUAACAGAAUUUCCACCAGAACAAUCACCAAAUCAAUUAGUUCAAAAAGCUGAUGAGAUUCAAUCGCCUGAUAAAUCAUCAUCAACUUCAUCAACUUCAACUUCAACUUCAAAAGAUGAUGAUUCAGAUGUUGAUAUUAUUUUAUUUAAACCAAAAGAUACAAAUAGAUUAACAGCUAAAAGAAGAGCAUGGGAUGAUUAUGCAUUCUUAUAUAAUCGUGAAGAAGUUAGAGCAUGGUUAGAAGAUAUUUUCGAUACUCUAUUUGAAGAAGAAGAUUUAUUUAAUGCUCUAGUCGAUGGUAUUUGGUUAUGUAAAUUGGUCAACAUUAUUAAACCAGGCAUUGUAAAGAAAAUUCAUGGUAAAAAAGGUCCAUCCUAUAUGAAACUUGAAAAUAUUAAUUUCUUUUUAUGUGCAUGCUUAGAAUUGGGUGUUUCCUCAAAUUGUCUCUUCUUACCAACUGAUCUCUAUGAAAAAAAGAAUCUUAAAAAAGUUAUCUAUUGUCUUUUAGCUUUAUCAAUUCAAGGUUCAAAAAGAGGUUUUAAACAUAAAUUAAUGAUUACUCAUUUUAAUAAUGAAUCUUCAAAUAGUAGUAGUAGUAGUAGUAAUAAUAAUAAUACCAAUACUAAUAAUAAUAAUAAUAAUGUAAAAGUAUCAAAUAAUUCUUCAACAUCAUCUUUAUCUUCUUUAUCUUCAUCUUCAUCAUCAUCAUCGUCAAAUGAAAAAAUUUUAUCAAAAGAUUUAAAUGAAACUUCAAUAUUAACAGAAGAACAAAAAGAUCAACAACAAUUAGAAAAUUAUUUAACAUCACAAGUUGAUAUACCAUUACCACCAACAUUAGUAAUGAGAAAGAGAAAGAAUACAAUUAAAUUAAGAAAAGAAAAAGAAGAGAAGGAAAGAUUGGAAAGAGAAGAACAAGAGAGAUUAGAAAGAGAAAGAUUAGAAAAAGAAGAAAAUGAAAGAUUAGAAAAAGAAAGAUUAGAAAAAGAAAAACAAGAACAAGAGGAAUUGAAAAAGAAGAGUACAAUUUCAUCUUUCUUGGGUAUUGCUAGAGGUUUAAAUAGUAAAAGAAAUUCAAAAGAAAUCACUAAACCAUACUCUCCAUCUUCUUCAACUUCUUCUUCACCAUCAUCAUCAAGACCAAGCUCUGGUCAAUAUAAUCCAAUACCAUCAUUCAAAAGUGAUGAAGAUGAGGGUGAUGAUGAAUAUGAAGAUUAUGAUGAUGAAGAGGAAGAGGAAGAAGAGGAAUUUAUUGAAUCUACAUUUGAUGAAGCAUUUAAUAUGAUGGGUACAUUUGUUGAAGAAGAAGGUGAUAAUGAAUUAUUUAUUAGAGAUGAAACUGAUGAUAUUAUCAGUCAAUUAGAUAGUGAAAUUUCAACUGAACAAGAAACUGAACAACAACAACAACAACAACCACCUCAAAAAGAAGAAGAAGAAAAAGAAAAAGAAGAUAAAGAGAAAGAAAUUCUCUCAAAUCAACAGGAUCAAAAACUUGAAUUAACCAAAGAACUUGAAUCUGAAACUACAGACUUUGAUACAAAUGAUGAAUCACUUGAUAGUAGUGAGGUUGAAUUCCAAGACCUUUCCUCUAGUGUUGGUGAUAUUAAUAUCAAUGAUUCUGAAGAUUCUUUAUUACAAUCAAAUCAACAAUUUGAUGAAAUUAAAAAUGAAAAUGAAAAAGAAGAAGUAGAAAACAAACAAGUAGAGGAAAUAGAAGAAAUUGAAGAGAUUUCAAUUCAAGAAAUUUUAAUUAAAGACCAUCCAAUGAUAAAUGAAAAUGAAAAUGAAAAUGAAAAUGAAAAUGAAAAUGAAAAUGAAAAUGAAAAUGAAAAUGAAAUUGUAAAUAAAAUUAAUGAAGUUGUGAAUGAAAGUAAUAAUAAUACAAUAAUAGUUGAUACAGAAGAAAUAAAAGAAGAUGUAGAAAUUAAUGAAAAAACUCAAGAUUUAAUUGUAUUAGAAAAUAGUUCAAGUGAUAUUGAAGAAAUUGAAAAACAAUCUCAAAAUGAUAAUAAAACUGAGGAUGAAGAAAUUAUAAUUUCAAAGAAUUCUUUAAUGGAUAUUGAUAGAAAUCAAUUGGAAACAAUUGAAAAUUUAGAAAUUAUUUCCAAACAAGAGAAUAAAGUUAAUGAAACGAUCCAAACCCAAUCCUUUUCUCAAGAUAGUUCUAUUGUUGAAAAUAUUCAAUCAUCAUCAUCAGUAUCGUCCUCAUCAACAUAUUCAAUGGCACAAUUACAACAAUCAGAAUCAACUCUUAUUAUCACAGAGUCGUCAACAACAACAACUACAAAAACCGCAUCUUCAUCUGCAUCAAUUACAACAACAUCUUCAUCAAUAUCCUCUGCAUCAUCUUCAUCAUCAUCUUCAUUAAUUGAAGAAGAAGACAUUCAUCAACAAUUGAAAAUUCAAAAAGAACAAGAACAAGAACAACUUACUCAACAAACCAAAACAAGUAAUAAAAAUAACUUAAUUGGUAAACUCAUUAAAGAACAAGAAUCAACUAUUCAAAUUACAUCAGAUUCCUUCACUCAAGAAAAAGAAAUUAGUUCUACCUCUUCUUCUUCUUCUUCUUCCUCUUUGGCAAUUAAUGAAAAUAAACCUGAAAUAAUAACAGAGAAAAUUGAGUUAUCAUCUUUAUCAUCCACAUCCUCAUCAUUAAUUGAAUCAAAUACUACAAAUGUAAAUAGUAAGAAAAAUAAUGAUAGUAGUAUUAUUAAUGAAUCAGCUUCAAAUUCAAAGAUUUUGACAUAUAAAUCAUCAUCUACUUCUUCUUUAUCAAGUGAAACGGAAGAGGAGAUAAUUAAAAAUAAUUCAAAGAUAAUUUCAUCAACUUCUUCAUCAUUGACAAAUUUAAAAGCAACUUCAUCAUCUUCCUCAUCAAAAUUAAAGAAACCACUUACCUCUGGUAUUAAAGCACCAAUUUCAACUACAACUUUAUCAUCACCAUCAUCCUCUUCAAUUUUAUCGACCCCACCAACAACUCCUCAAAAAACAUAUACUGCAACCACUACAAUCACUACUACAACCAUUACAAUUCCACCAGAAAAAUCAGAGACAUCACCAAUUACAACUCCAGUUACUACUCCAGUAUCAUCACCAAGUAAAACACCAAAACCAUCUAAAUUACAAACUCCAACUAAAAAGAGAACAUUAGCUGCAAAUGUAGUGGUUGAAGAGGCUAAAAAGGCAACGAUGUCUCCAUCAUCAUCAUCAUCAACACCAACAAAAUCAUAUCAAACAACUACAACUAUUACAACUACAACUAUUACAACACCUUUACCUUCACCAACUACAACACCAAUGUCAUCACCAUCUAAACAACCACAACCAUCAUUACUUAAAAGGCCAUCUUCAUCAUUAAGUAAUUUAAGUAAUGCUAUUUCAAAUGGUAAUAGUUCAUCUACAACUUAUAAAAAUACUGAACCAACUACAACAGCAACCACCUCCUCAACAAUUUCAAAUAUUCCUGAGGAUGAUGAAUCACCACCUCCAAUGGAGGAUUUAGAUGUUGAUAUUGAUAUUUCAAAUGAAAGUAAUCAACCAAAGAGAGAAAUUAUUAAAAAGGAUUAUUCCUAUCAUAGAUCCUAUAGUUCAGUUUCAAAUUAUCCAAAAUAUUCAAGUGUUGCAUCUGAUCAAACUGAUAGAAUUUUUGGUGAAUUCUUAAAUAACACAAUGAAGAAUAUUUUACCACCAUCAAUCGUUGUACCAAAUAAAAUCGUUAGAUUAUCUGCAAAUAAAUAUAAAUGGGGUGAUUCAAUCGUUAAUAUGCGUUGUGUAAACAAUAUGAUAGUAGUUAGAGUUGGUGGUGGUUGGAUGACUUUAAAAGAUUUCUUAAUUCGUUAUAAUUCAGUUAUCACUGCUUCUGAUAUUGAUAAAAUUAAUCAAUCUCAAGAUGAUUCAAACAACAAUAAUAAUAGCAACAACAAUAAUAACAAUGAUGAAAUGAAAAAAUUACAAAUUCAAAAAAAUUAUAAAACUAAUAGUGGAGAAAUUAAAACGUCUCAACCAUUAUCACCAAUUAAAGGAAAUGUAAUCAAAGCAACUAAAAAUAUUAAUUUCCCUUCGUCUACAUUAAGAUCUGGUACCCCUGCUCCUUACUCAAGAUCACCAUCCUCUAUUUUAAGAUCUGGUACUCCUGCUCCACCUGAAUUGGAUGAUAAAGAAGAUACAAAUUCAGUUCAAUAUAAAUUAGGUGUUCAUAGAACAAAUGUUUCAAGUGGUACUUUAAGAACUGUAGUUUCAAAUACACCAUCUCCAACAAGAUCUUCAUCUUCAAUUGGUGGUCAAAGAACUAUUAAUAAACCAACAACAACAACCACUAGUAAUACCACUUCAAAUUUAAAAUCACCAUCUUCAUCAAUUGGUGGUAGUAGAUUAUCUUCAACUCCUUCAUCUUCACCAAUGAAACCAAAAACACCAUCAUCAUCUUCAACACCACCAACCUCAUCAAUAAAAUCACCGAUUAAUAGACCAAGUUCAGCAGCUGGUAUAUCAUCUCCAUCAAGAACAACCCCAACAACUUCAACAACGACAACGACAACGACAACAACUCCAACUUCUAAAUUUAUAACUACCAGACCGUCAUCUGCUGCAUUACCAUCUAGACCAACUACCUCAUCAACUACACCUACAAAAACUACAACUACUACAACAAAGCCUUUAAAAAAAUAA